AUGCCGCAGGAGAGCUUCCUACAGCCCCCCGCACCCCUGAAGCCAGGAUCCAGUGACCUAGGGCUGGAGGGGCGGUGUCAGUGCUUUGGGGAGGAGGAAGAGCGGUUAAAUACAGGGGCGGGGCACAAACAGCCUCCGGCCGCCCCAGUGCGGGGGCGCCUCUCUCAGUCCCGGCCUCCAGCUCCCAGGCCGCCCCCGCACAUCCAGGAAGCGGGUGCUUCCAGCUCCUGGGUGCCGGGGAAGUCCGACCCCGAGGUGUCCGAGGAGCACCUGGCUCUGAAGUCCCGGGGCCCGGGGAGAGACCCCAAACCCUGGGGCGCCGUCCCAACCCACCGCGGCUGUGAGCAAGCAGGCGCCAGGCUCCGGCCGGUGGCGAAGGCGGUGCUGGGGCAGCCCCGGGACGCGCGCGGGCGAGGUCUGCGCCGUGCCGAGGGGUCGGAGGCGCGCCCGCCCGCCCCGGGGACGCGAGGAGGCGGCAGCCGGAGGCUGGUUCUUGCGGUGCCCAGAGCCCGGGCCGCGGCGCGCGGCGCUGACGCUGCGGACCGAGCCGGGCGCGGAGCCGCCCGGAGUCCUGGACGCCGCAGGGAAGAGCUGGCGGCCGCCGGGCUGCAGCCGCCGCCAAGCACGCGGCGUUCGGCGGCUGCUCCAGCGAGAGCGAGCGACCCAGCUGGGGAGCCGCGGCAAGCCCUGCUCCGGCCGCCGGGGAGCCCAGCGUCCGAGCCGGAGGGAGCGGCCAUGACCAAGACCCUGCUCCAUCCGCAGCCUGGGAACACAGAGAUGACUGCACAUCACCCUGCCCUUGAGAAGUGCACCCCGUGGCCACGCGCACCUCAGCACGAUGGAUUUUAGAGAGACAGAAGCUAAGGCUACAAAAAUUCCUGCUGUCCAGCGGCUCUACCCAACCAAGUAUGCACUGCUCUGGGCUUGCAGGGAACUCAAGUAACUCCUGGAGAGGUGUGUCCUUGAGAACAGCCUACUGGGUUCCAACCAAACCCUGCUGGAGCCUGGCUCCUACUGCCCAAGGUCCCUCGGUCUCCUACCUGUAGAACAAGGACCAUAAU